CUCUCUCUCUCUCUCUCACACACACACAUAUACUCUCGUCUUUGGCAGUAACACAGUAGCUGUUUACAUCUGCUCAAGAUUAACUCGGUGGUAAUCCAGUUCUGCCAACAGAAAGAGUUAAAUAAGGGUUACGAGUGCCAUUGGUUACACAGUUUCAUCGAAGUAAACUACAAUGUUCUAUUUCCAUUGUCCUCCACAAUUAGACGGUGAAUGCUGCCGGAAUAAUACCUUAAACACCAGCAGUUUCGCAAACCACGCCACGGGCGACUUCGAUGAUGGUUUCCUACGCAGGAAACAACGGAGAAACAGGACAACAUUUACUUUACAGCAGUUAGAAGCAUUAGAAGCAAUAUUUGCACAGACACACUACCCAGAUGUUUUCACGAGAGAAGAGUUGGCGAUGAAAAUCAACCUCACAGAAGCAAGAGUCCAGGUGUGGUUCCAGAAUAGGAGGGCCAAAUGGAGGAAGACGGAAAGAGGCAGUUCGGACCACGAGGGCGGUAAGGAACAGUUAAAUGACGGCACGCCCUCCGUUAGAAAUUUGAAUUCACCUUCCCCAAUCGACCAGGCUAGGAAUAAAAAGGAGCAUUUGGAGAUACAACAAAGUUUAAACAGGUCAGUUGGUCCCGGUGGUCCGUUCUUCCAGUCCUGCUUGCCUGGCACACUUCUCAAUACAGCUACAUAUGCUCAAGCACUUUCCCAAGUUGCUACCUUAAAAGGGAGCCCACUCUGUUCUUGCUGUGUUCCAGACCCAAUGGGCCUUUCCUUCUUGCCCACUUAUGGAUGCCAGAGUAACCGCACGGCCAGCGUGGCAGCGCUGCGGAUGAAAGCACGGGAACACUCUGAAGCUGUGCUUCAAUCAGCCAACCUCCUCCCUUCCACAAGCAGCAGCCAUGUCCCAGCAACAAAGCAAACCACGCAGGAAAACAGCCCUGACAAGUCAAACCACUCCAAGGAACAGCUGGAAAAGAAAAUAAACUUGUGAGAGAUUCAAUCCACGUAUCAGAACAAUAAGAUGCAUCAAAUUUACUCUGUGGAUAAUAAAAAAGAACCCUACUGCUUCUACAUUUUCACACUGUGCAGUUAAUUCCUACUAAAUUAAAAGAAGCUUUAUCUCUGGGGAUUAUUUUCACCUAACAAAUUAUUUAUUUAUUUAUUUAUUUUUAUGUAUUUAACCAAUGCAUUAUUUUAAUUAGGACACAUUUAUUUUUAAUGUAAUGUACUUUUCGUAAUAGUGCACUUUCUCAUGUUUGAUCCAUAGCAAAAUAUGAGGAACCAAUAUUGUUUCAAAGUAUAAAACAAAAUGCCCUGACAGCUAAGGGAUCAGUCUUCCACUAUGUGCUGUUAGCACUAAGUGCUAACUUUUUAUAAAGAAACGCAUGGUCAACAUAUUAUACUGACAAGUGCAAAAGAAAGACUAAAGAAGCAUAUUAUCUUUGGAUAUCAGUCUGAUAUAAACUAUACAGCUACUGUUACCUGUAACCUUUCAGUGAGAAAACAAUAUAAUGCUUCUUAUAUUUAUUUUGUUUCUUGUAUGCCAUAAUUCCAAUUAUGUUAUUUAAAAUGCAAGUGUAAUGUGCCAAGAAUACAGAGUAUACAAACAUGUGGCUGUAUUUCUGUUAAAUACAGUGAAGGCUUUUUUGUUUUUUCCAGACAGAAGCUUAAAUCUAAUAUAAAAUGUUUCUGAUACAAAUUUGAGUAGUAAGGUAAAAAAAAAAAAAAAAAGACAUAUCAUUACCUAUUCCUGUGCUUGUAUGUUGUAUUAUGUAAUGAUUAUAGAGAGAAACAUUAACGUAACAAUAUAAAUCUCUAGUCGCCUAUUGCUUGAGCCAUCUGGCUCUUAUUAAUAAUUUACUUUCCUGUACAACAGGAGAAAACGUCAAGAAACAAACAGUGGUUGGUUCCAUAAUUUAUUUACUUUUAGGAACUCCACUGCCAUUUGUUGUUCCCUUUCAUUACUGAAUCAUCCUUUUUUUUACAAUAAAAUUAUUCAGAGCUAUACAAUUACAAUUCGUGAACUAGAGUCCAUGUGCACUAAUGCUUCAUAACUAGGGUCCAUGUACACCUGUCCACUAACGCUUCCUUCUAUCUGUUUGAUUAAAUUCUUGUUUCCUCCAGAAAAGUACAUAAGUAAGAGAACUCUUCAGCAAAUUAAGAAUACUUAACAGCAUUGCAUCUGUAAAGUAGUUAGGCUGAUUAAAUUUUGUGUCCUUGAGGAUUUUCAGGAAAUUACUUUUGAUUGUCAAUAACGCAAUUAAGUAAACUACAUGCACAUUAGCAUGAAUAAUUGAUAAGGAAUUAUGUAUUACCACGAAGCAGUGAUUUAAUAAUUCAUGAUGCGACACCCUAGUGAAUGUGCAGAACUAGAUAACGUCAAAAGUCUUGCCUGAUAUCGCUGAAAGCACUGUGCAAAUACAGAUGCUAUGUUGUUUGGUUGUGUAUAAAAAGUAUGUGACGCAUGAUGUGGAUUUUUUUGUACAAAUCAUAUUAAUAAAACAAAGGAGUCAGAUAAAUUAAAAGGGUCUUUAUUUGGAAUAUUAAAGCUCCCAGAUUUCAUAUUCUAACUAUAAAUAUACUGAUGCUCAAUGAAAAUGCAACAGUCUAGGUUUUACACCAAUAGCUCACUGGGCACAUACAUAAUGUUAUUUACAUUUAUUUGAGUAGUAUUAUUCCUUGGGAUAACAAAAUACUGAGCUCAUGUGAUUUCAUGAAAACGCCAGAUGGUCAGUGUUUGGUAUUUGAGUUGAGUUAAAAUUGCCAAAAUGAGUUGACUAAUGUAACACA